AUGGCGUUGUCUUUAUUUUUCUUCUCAUUGAUUUUAGUUCCUUGUUUCUUCGGAUCUGAUGCUUUAGUGGGGGAAAUAGAGGAACGAAAGACUGAUGAUCCUGAAGUUCUAGAUGCGCUGGAUUUCGCCAUGAACGAAUUCAACGGUAUGCAAAACAACAUGUAUCGAUUAAUGGCGACCAAAGUGGAAGACGCUACCUUUCAAGUAAGCCUGUAAAUUUAGGAUACUUUUACAACCUUCUCUGGUUUGUAAUUAUGCGUUAACCCUUAUUAAGGCUUUUGCACAACUACUGCCCUGACUUUGAGCGAAGUGUAAGUCAAAGCUAAUGUUACUUACAGUGUAUAUCCUCAGCUGGUUUAUAAUGAAACCAAAAUGAAACAAUACUCCUUUAUGUGGGCAUGAGCCGGAAAAUCCAUGCAUCUAUGUUAUGUAAGUCUACUAGAAAUCCGUUAUCCCAAAAAUCUCGAGAAGCUAAAAGGGGCAGCAGUGAGAAUAACCGGAAACAAGCCAGAGGGAAAAAAUACGAUGAAAGAAAAAAACAUAGACAAAAACCAAAAGGAAAAAAAUAGGAAAGUAGCCACGGAACCAUGCGACAAAUUCACAGUUCAAUUCUUAAAAUAAUAGUUUGAAGUAUUUUUCUCUGCCAUUCACACUGUUGGAACCUUUUGGAGCUGUAAUUAUCAUGAAUUCAAAGGUACGUUUGACCUAAAAAUAGCCUAAACGAGUAUUUCAAAACCAUUCUGCAUUAUUUCUGUAUUUACUCAUUCUCGGGCUUUACAACAGCCAGUUGAUGAAUGCACUGGUCUUCUUUGUUGCUACUCUUGCUGAAGUUCAGGUCGCGGUUCUUUGCGUGUAGCCUGAAUUUCAUCCGAUUACUUUGAGUCGUUAUUACUCCCUCAGUAACGUCUGAAUCGACCAGCCAUUAAUGCCGUCCCGUGACAUCACUACUCCUUGACCUUUGUUUUUAAUUCAUGCAAAAAGUAAAACACGAUUUUCAUGUGGCAAACCGAGAAAUUUGAAGGGAAACAAAGGAAACUGAGAAUCGAUUAUCAGGUUGAAACAAUUUUUAACUGAAUUUCAUUUUGACCUGCAAAAUGACCAGUGAUCUUGACUCCUACAAAUCAAACCAUUUACUUGGGGUCAACUCUAAAAGAUUUAUGGAAAGGAACAACAGUCCAUUUCCUGUUAUUUGUGUCCCAACAGAAACCUGACAGAGAGUGCUGCAGUAUUUCACCAAAAUAGCUUACAAUGUACAGUGUACAAUGUACGUGAUCAGUGUUCUGCAGAUUAUAUCACAUAGAUUCAUUGUCAGAGAGAACAGAAAAUGGGGAUCAAAAGGCUCUAAAAAUCAGGCAUCAGUUUCCUUCAGAUAUGUUUAAAUGGUUUAUGUUGAGGGUAGCCCUUUUAUAGACUGGCUUUAUGUCCAGGGGAUAUUCGAAAAAUUCCUAGUUGCUUCAUGCUAUAGAACCAGGUUAAGUCUCAACGUGCAGAUGAGCCACUUGGCUUAAAUGCAUAAUUGGCAUUUACAAACUUACAUAUUGUAGACCUGAGUAGUCAAUAUAUUUCUGAGCCCUGUGACAUAUACGGACAUAAAUGUUCAUGUAGUAAUGGUCCACAUUGUGGUACAUGUACAUCAUAUAAUUAUUAUAAUAUUCCUACCAGACACUCACUGGCUCUAAAACAAGGGGGUCUUUUUGAAAAAUCCGUUUGCAUCGCGCUUGGCCGAGUUCCAUACUACACUAAAACUCCUCAGGAUUACAGAUCAAUGAUAUAUUGUUCCCUUUGAGUUUCAAUUUGGGCGAAAUCGGGAUUUUUUGGCGUUACUUUUAUUGCCGUUGGCCGGAGGACCAAAAGAUGGGAAGCGCUUUUAUGGCGAUUGAAGGUUUAUUUCUUCUGCCAGCUUCCAUACAAGCUCAGAUAAUUGUGAAAGGAAUACGCAGAAAUGAAACAGCAACAAUAGAGACUGUAAGAAAGAAACCAUUGAGACAUGGAUGUGACUGAGGAGAUCUUGUGGAAUUAAGCUUCGUGAAGCAUAAUGUUUUGCAACGACGCGUUAGUAAACUUUUAAAUGAACCUCCCUACGGCCGACAAAAUCAAACAAACAGGCGCUACAUGUUUAGAAAAACUAGUGCAAUGAAAUCAUAAUAUUGAUCCCAUAAAGCUGAAGUUUAACAGUUAUUGAGGUUGAAAGGAAACUUGUGUCUGAGUCAUGCUUUGAAUGUGAUAAUUUUGUUUUCCUCAUUUGUUAGUAUGAUGCAACUUUCCCUCUUUUAGAACAUUAGCAAGAAGAAAAUUAAAGUAAGCGUGCAGUGAGGUACACUGUAGAACACCAGGUUAGAACUCAGAUUUGGAAUUUUUAUUAAAUCAUUUGUGUUUCUUUAUCGUUUAGUUAGUUGCUGGACAGAAGUUCUGUGUUGUCAGUGAGGUUGGUGUUUCCCGCAGCUGUCGCAAUGAUGAUUCCCACAAGUCAGCUUCAUUAGAUAAAUGUCCUGUUGAUACUCUUGAGGUAUUGUACUUUUUUAAUCAUUAUACCAUAAAAUUCCGAAAAUAAGCCCUGGGGCUUUUAUUUUUCAAAGGCCCUUUUUGAGGGGCUUAUUUUUGGAGGAGCUUAUAUUCGGAGGGGCUUAUACAUGGAGGGGCUUAUUUUCGGAAUUUUACGGUAUUAUAAUUUACCAGAGAGCCCACUUCACCAAAGGGUGUUCUUCAGUGGGGCUCAGCCUGCAUAAUAUACACUGUGCUUAGAAUAACUAAGUAUAAAACACUAACUGCAAUGUGUAGUUCCAGGAAAUAUCCAUACUCCCCCCACAGAAGGGAUUCCUUGUCAUUUAAAGCUAUAAAAUGAUGUGACAUUUUUCAGCUUAAAACAUUAUGAAUCUGUUAACUUGUUCUUAACUAAAAUAAUCAAGGGGCCCUGUGCUCUACGAAAAGGUGUAUGGAGUCUUUUGGAAACCUAAUAAUAAUAUUAUAAAAUGGUCCCCAGAAAAAAAAGACAAGAAAAAGACACUGUGCAAUAUUACUCGAGGUCUUAAAAAGAACUGAUCAAAGUUCUUAUUUUAGGGCAUUGUGUGAUACGAGAAUCACAUCUGAUCCUGUGCUACAGUAAUUAUUGUAUAAUGUGCAACUUGAUUCGCGUCUCACAAGAGGGUGAUAAACUUACUUUUGAGCAGUACUGUUUGUGAAAUGUUUAUUUCAUCACCCCUGAAAAGCCUCUUAUGGGAGAGCACAGCUUAAAUUUGUUGGCUUGUUGAGGACCUACAGUGUGCAAGGUGUACUGUACAUGUACAUUGUACUUUACAUAUGUCAUAAUCAAAACAGUCUUUCAAGUGAUUGACAGCUUCUGUUUUUUCUCUCUACAGAUGCAUUGUAAGUUUACUAUUUACAAUGUUCCCUGGGAAAAGAGAAAAGAGCUGUUGAACCAUGAAUGUGUGGGUUUAAAGGAGGAACAGAUGCUCUCUUGUGAGCGAAGCGAGCCUGCUGUUAAUACCUCAGAACCUGCAGAUGAGGAUAAUUUUGUGACUGAGUAUGCUGAAGAGGUACAGUUGUGAUUGACAUGUAACUGAGUCAGCCUAUUCUAAAAUGUGUUAAAUAAAGUUCAGUUUUAUCCUUGCUGUAAAUUAGAUCUAUUUUUCUUUAUUUUGGGCUAUGGUUAUGUAUAAUAAUAAAUUAUUCUAUAAUAAAAGGAUACUGAAUUUAAACUGGGACAAAAUUUAACCACAACACAUGCAUUUAGCUUUUGAUAUCAUUGAUUUGAGGUUUUUCCAAUAAACUGAACUAGCGUGCAUAAACUUGUUUUUAAUGAAUAAUUAUGCAACUCUUUACUCUAGGAUUGCAACCUACAGCACUGUAUGUGUCGGACAGUUUAUUUUUAGUGGUACUUCAUAAUAAAUUAUUGUUAUGACUUUUGCUUACUCAGGAAAAACCAGCUAAAGGUGUUGACCCUGAGGAAGAGACUUUUCGACAGUUUGUGAUCCGUCACAAGAAGCCUUACUUAAAUGACAAAAAUGGUGAGUUUUUAAAAACCAGUUCUUGUGACCUUGUGUUCUUGUCUUGUGGGUAAAAUGUCAUUGGAGGUGUAGAGGCUAAGUGUUCAACAUCUUGAACUUUACUAAACUAGAUCUGAUGGUCGGGGUUCAAGCACUGCGAGCAAACCUUGCUCCUCUUUGAUAUUCUGCUACAGCAUGCAUGCAGUGCUUUUAGGUUCCUCCGACAUACAUGUGUACUUUUGAAACAAGGUUUAACUCCAGCCAUGUGAGCCCCGCAGCUUCUAGUGUGCACUUGUACAAUGUGUAAGGCAGGGUUUUCGUGCUGAAGGGUAAACAGGGUAAAUUUCACUCAACUUACAUGAUUAAAUUUAACAGUUCAUUAUUUUUAUUUCCAUUAAUUUUUUUAACAGAGUAUAUGAAGCGCUUGGCAAUUUAUAAGGAAAAUAUGGUCAAAGCUAAAAAGAUACAGGAAAUGGAUCAAGGAUCAGCUAAAUAUGGAGAGACAGUUUUUAGUGACCUAUCAGGUUGUUGUUUUUCAUUUUAUAUACUAACAAUAAGUUGUGAAUAAUAUAUAAUUACAUACUCAAUUCUGAUUAAUAAUUAUUUUAAUUUUGUAUCUGAACAUGAACAGUGGAACCCUGUUGAUGAGACCACCAUUGGAUCUAUAAUCCUGGUUGUAUUAACAAGGUGUUCAUUUUAAUGGGGUCUUCAAAGCAAUACCAGUAAUUAGAACCAAAGGUAACGGAAUGCGGUCGACAAUGAUUAAAAGUCAAAACGCCCUUGCUCCAUGACGCUGUGCUUUGAGUAAGUUUGACGCCAUAGAUGGUCUAUACACAGUUUGUAUAUACCAGUACACACUCAAUCCGUGUGAACCCACAGGUUGCCAGCAGGGUCUAUAGUUGAUUAUGUCUCAUUGUUGGUUGGAAUUUUUAUUGCUUUUAGGCUUGAAAGCAGUAAUAAUAUAUAAUAAUAAUAAACAAUGAGCAAAUGCAAAGGUCAUACAUGCACUGUAUGUAUCGUUGCAAAUGAAUGCACCCUAAUACUGUCCCUGGAAGAAACAACUUGUUGUUCUUUUUCACAGAGGAGGAAUUCAAGAAAUAUUACCGAAUGCCUGGAUGGGGAAAACCACUGUAUGAAAUGAAAGAAGCUAAAAUUCCAGAAGGAGCUAUUCCAAAUGCUUUUGACUGGCGUGAUAAAGGUGCUCUGUCUUGUCUUAGAUUAUCUUGUUGAACUUUGCAAUGUACUGUACAGUAGCUUGCUUGUGCAUUUUCUUUUUAGUUAAUUUUUUUUUUUAAUUUACAAACAAAGAAAUUGGAAUUGGUUAGGAAAUCAUUUAUUCUUUUUUUAACACAUAUUCUUGAUUUAAAAUAUAAAUGUACUUGAUGUGAUCGAGCAGUGUAAUAAUUAUAAUAAUUACUAAGUCAGGAUUAUUUUGUUUAUUUUCCAGGUGCUGUGACUGCCGUUAAGAACCAGGUGAGUGAAUCAAAUCUACAUGUAGAUGAUUUACUUUAGACAUUGUAAUAAUAACACAUUAACAAAUCUUUGAACACCUAAACAAAUCUUUGAACUUGAUAUUCUUGUCUAUUAGGGUAUGUGUGGUUCAUGUUGGGCUUUUUCAACAACUGGAAAUAUAGAGGGACAGUGGAAAAUCAAAAAAGGCAAAUUGGUAUCACUCAGUGAACAAGGUACAUAUGUAUUAUAGCGUGCAAGUUAUUUGUGAUAAUUAUCUUUUUUUUUUCGCUAUCUUGAAAAGCUAAUUCUCUCUUUUAUGGUGGAAAUAUCUUAGAUUUACUUCAUAGUAAAUACAUGUAUAUUUUUUUUCUGGAUGCAAAGAAAAUCAUUUUUACAGCUUGCCAUUCGGGCAUUCAAAUUCCUCAAAAAACAUUACUUGCCUGUCGGGCAGGUUAAAAACAGAAUUCACUAGCCCGAUAGCAAAAUCCACUAGCCCCAGGCUAUGAGACACUACUUUCUUUGCAUGCUGUUUUUAUUCCUUCGUUUUUUCAUACUUUAGGUUAAUCGUCAGUCUUUAUUUUUUUUCAGAGCUUGUUGACUGUGAUAAAGUUGACCAAGGCUGUGAUGGUGGACUUCCUUCCACUGCUUACAAGCAAAUCGUGAAACUUGGUAAUUCUAUGAACUGUAUGAAUGCAUACUGACUUUCAAAUGGAAAUUGACUUUCAGCAACUGCUGGGUAUAGGUGCUCUACAAGGGUUCCUUACAUUGGAGCUUAUCCAGUUUCUUUAGCAUGAUGCACCUUGGAACUAAAACUUAUUUUCUACUUCUCUCUAGAAAGAAUGCGCUAUAACAUUUUAAAAAUAUCCUUAUUUGGUGAAGACAGAAACUAAUUAGUAAUUAUCAUUUCACAGGUAGUGUUAACUGCUCUAAUAAAUGUGACCACUGUUCAUUAUAAUUCAGGUGGUCUUGAGGCAGAAAGCGAGUACCCUUACGAGGGAGCUGAUGAGAAAUGCAAGUUUAAGAAGUCCGAAGCUGUGGUGUAUAUCAACUCAUCAGUCGCAAUAUCCAAAGAUGAAAACAGUAAGUAACAUUUACAGUGAAAUGAUGUUUUGAUUUNUUUUCGCUAUCUUGAAAAGCUAAUUCUCUCUUUUAUGGUGGAAAUAUCUUAGAUUUACUUCAUAGUAAAUACAUGUAUAUUUUUUUUCUGGAUGCAAAGAAAAUCAUUUUUACAGCUUGCCAUUCGGGCAUUCAAAUUCCUCAAAAAACAUUACUUGCCUGUCGGGCAGGUUAAAAACAGAAUUCACUAGCCCGAUAGCAAAAUCCACUAGCCCCAGGCUAUGAGACACUACUUUCUUUGCAUGCUGUUUUUAUUCCUUCGUUUUUUCAUACUUUAGGUUAAUCGUCAGUCUUUAUUUUUUUUCAGAGCUUGUUGACUGUGAUAAAGUUGACCAAGGCUGUGAUGGUGGACUUCCUUCCACUGCUUACAAGCAAAUCGUGAAACUUGGUAAUUCUAUGAACUGUAUGAAUACAUACUGACUUUCAAAUGGAAAUUGACUUUCAGCAACUGCUGGGUAUAGGUGCUCUACAAGGGUUCCUUACACUGGAGCUUAUCCGGUUUCUUUAGCAUGAUGCACCUUGAAACUAAAACUUAUUUUCUACUUCUCUCUAGAAAGAAUGCGUUAUAACAUUUUGGCUUUUGUAGACUUAAAAAUAUCCUUAUUUCGUGAAGACAAAAACUAAUUAAUAAUUAUCAUUUCACAGGUAGUGUUAACUGCUCUAACAAAUGUGACCACUGUUCAUUAUAAUUCAGGUGGUCUUGAGGCAGAAAGUGAGUACCCUUACGAGGGAGCUGAUGAGAAAUGCAAGUUUAAGAAGUCCGAAGCUGUGGUGUAUAUCAACUCAUCAGUCGCAAUAUCCAAAGAUGAAAACAGUAAGUAACAUUUACAGUGAAAUGAUGUUUUGAUUUUUUUCCAUCCGUGUAUCCUCAAAUUUUCAAUUACGAUUUGUAAGAAGUCCUUUGAAUGUAAAUUAUAAAAAUUUGUAUUAUUGUAGAAGUGUCAACUCU